UUAUUUCGCACUAACUGUUUUAAAACGAGUGAAGUGUAGACGAGUGAUUAAAGCGCACCACGCUCCCGUCCAAUAAUCCAUGACGUGUUUUCCACGCGCCAUCUCCAUGUUUUGACUACCACCACCAACAGCAACACAGUGAACCCUACCAACACAUAGCCGUUGCGCUUGCAAUCCCCUCUGUGUUUUUCAACAAAAUGGCUGAUUUUGGGGAUGAUACCGGAGCGAGAGCCCUGCUUGCCCUCAAAUCUGCUCCUUGUAGCCCGGUGGCUAUUUCUAUCCCGCCCGUGUACACUUUCUCCUCCUCGACUUCGCCCGGGAUCAUAUCAUCCAUGCCCCUCUCCCCUCCGUCGCAGGCCCUCGCUCGCCUGGAAGGCAGGGACUUCGAGUUCGUCAUGCGCCAGAAGACGGUGACCGUGGGGCGGAAUUCGUCGCACGGCUCCGUGGAUGUCAACAUGGGCCACUCGAGCUUCAUAUCCAGGAGACAUUUGCAGAUCACCUUCGAGGAGCCGCAUUUCUACUUGCGCUGUCUCGGCAAGAACGGUGUGUUUGUCGACGGCGUUUUCCAGAGGAGAGGCGCACCUCCACUUCUCCUACCGAGGGAGUGCACAUUUCGAUUUCCCAGCACAGUGAUAAAGAUUCAGUUUACAGUGCUCUACCACAAGGAGACACAGAAGGAGGAGGCUCCUGUAUCCCCUGUGAGACCCCUUUACCCACAAAUAUCUCCGCUGAAAAUCAGCAUUCCUGAAAAUGACUUCAGAAGUAUGAUGAGUCCCCUGCCUUCGCCGACUGGAACUAUCAGCGUUCCCAAUUCCUGCCCAGCGAGCCCUCGGGGCGCAGGUUCUUCGGGAUACCGCUACGGCCGCAACAUCACAUCAGAUCUCCAGCUGGCAGCUGAGUUUGCUGCCAAGGCUGUGUCAGAACAGCGCACUGAAGCCACGGGAGGAGACAGUCCUAAGGAUGAGUCCAAACCUCCAUACUCGUACGCUCAGCUGAUAGUCCAGGCCAUCUCGUCUGCACCGGACAGACAGCUAACACUAAGUGGCAUCUACGCUCACAUCACCAAGCAUUAUCCCUACUACAGGACGGCCGACAAGGGCUGGCAGAACUCCAUUAGACACAACCUGUCUCUCAACCGCUACUUUAUUAAAGUGCCGCGCUCACAGGAAGAGCCAGGCAAAGGUUCGUUCUGGCGCGUGGACCCCUCAUCAGAGGCCAAGUUGGUGGAGCAGGCCUUCAGAAAGCGUCGGCAGAGAGGGGUGUCCUGCUUCCGCACGCCCUUCGGCCCACUGUCCUCCAGGAGUGCUCCAGCGUCUCCCACCCACUCCGGCCUCCUCUCUCCACACUCGAGCGGCCUCCAGACCCCCGACUGUCUGUCACGGGAAGGAUCCCCAGUGUCACAUGAGCAUGACUUUGGCUCCAAGCUUGCGUCUGUGCCCGAGUACCGAUACUCCCAGAGUGCACCAGGCUCUCCAGUGAGCGCCCAUCCUGUAAUCAUGGCCGUACCAUCUCAGUCCUCAGCCGCCAUCCCCAAGCCUGUGACUUACAUGCCGGCCUCCAUCAUUAGCUCCUCCCAGGCCUCUGGUCAGGCCAUCCAUGUGGUGCAGCAGGCGCCAGCUGUCACCAUGGUCCGUGUAGUGACCACCUCUACCAGCUCCCCCAAUGGCUACAUCCUGGCUAACACCACCUCAAGCUCAGGAGAGGGACCUGGAGAUCAAAGAGUGGAUGAGAUGCCUAUGGUUGGCAGUAGAGUUAUUCAGGCUGUAGGGAGUCACAUAAGCUCGGCCAAUAGGGGGCAGCAGAGCUACACUGUUGUCCAGCAGAGCGCCAUUCACCACCUUCCUGUGCAGACCAUUUCUCAGAAUGGCAAACAUGCUCUUCCUAUCAGCAGUGUACCAACCAGUGCUUACGCCCUUACCAAUCCUCUUCAGAUCUUGGCUGCCCAGGCUUCAACAUCCCCACCUGUGCUGGUCAACAGGCCCUCCAGCAUGGAAACCAACGAGUCCAGCAUCAACGAGCCCGAGCUCAAACGGCCCAAAAUGGAGGAGGACAGUGUCGCUCCAGUCCCUCAGCCUGUUAUUGUUGCAAUGAACCAAGAGGCCAGUGAAUGAAUAAGUGAGUGAACGAGUGAGCCAAUGACGGAUCAUUAAACCACAUCUCACAAUAUCGUUAAACAUAUUGAGGGAAACGUGUUUGGUUUUCUUUAAAACGAGAACUUCAAAGUUUUGUAAACGCCCGACACGGGUAACUGAUCGAAUGUCUUUGUAAGAAGAGGUUUAAGCGUCUUUGUAUCAUGGGGGUUAAUUCAUUGAUCUACAUCUGGCAGCAUUAAAAUUCAAUGCUCACAGUUUUAAAUUUGUAGGGGUUUUUAAUCUUGUAAGAAUGUUUGAAAGAAGUAUGAAGAGAGGUACAUGUGCUUAAAGACACCAGCUAGGCAUGUGCGCCCAGGUAGUUCCUCACAAGGUACAUCUGAGAGAGAGAGUUCUUCUUUUCAGGAUGGGGUGGGACCAAUACCUAUGCAGCUAUUACAGUCUGAGACCAUGAGUCUCUCUGAAUUGAAACAGUAUAUAAAAAGGGUCACAUAAAGCUGUGCGUCACUGCAGUUACCUGUGUGGCCUGUGUGAGGAUUUAUUUAUCUCUGUUAAAAUAAAAGACUAUCUUUAAUGAAAUAAUAUGUUAAUACUCAAAGCACACAGUAGACCACAAGAAAUGAAUAGAUAAGAUAGAGGCCUUUUCUAGCUGGAGAUCUUUAACCUACAUUAUUAUUCUGGGGAGGAUUCUUACCUUGCUUGCUUACUACAAAGAGACAUGUCUAGAAAAAUGCUUAUUUCUUAAUUGGUCUGUGUUUAGCGGAAAAAUUAAAAAGAACUCAAUGAAUGUAAGUAGCGUUUGUUUAUUUGUUCGUGGCACCCACUUUUGACCUAAACUAUAUAUUAGACCAUUAGAAUGUCUUUGUAGAUACAUUUUUGAUGUUCUGUUAUAAAAACAAAUUGAAUAACUGUUUGAAGUUCAUCGCAGUCGUAUUGGUCAAUCCCCAUUAGCACUUGGCCAAAAGAAAUCCUGAUUGCAUCGAUGGAUGAAUGCAAGCACAUGAUACCAAAUGCUUUUCCAGACCCAGGAAUGUAACUGUUGCAGAGGCUGUUUCUUCACUGACUUUCUGUGAUCCCUUAAUAAUCACAGAAGCCACUAAAUGAAUGUUAAGUAUUUUUCUGAGAGUUCAAGAAACCUAUUUUUUAGGAAUAUACACAAUGUCAGCCUUUAAUGAGACUUUCUAGUUUUACUAAGAGAAGAGUAAAUAUAUAUUGUUGAAGUUAUUAAAAUGUGCUUUCAAGACAAUCACUAACAGGAUUCAGUUCAGAAACCGCUUUGUAUGUUGCAAAUUAUACACACCACAAAUGUGCAGUGAAGUACCCUAGAGUACUUGAAGUGAGCCACUGUGUGUAUGCUAACGUAGUCGUACAGUGACAGCCGUACCUUUUGUAGUAGAAAUCGAAACUUCAACAGACCAAAUACAUAUCCUCAUUAUUAGUGCCUUAGUGCUCAGGACUAACUAAAAAUCAUUGUGAUGUACUACUUAAAGACAACUUCAUCAAACUUGCCUACUAAUAAGUUAAUUCGCAGGUUUGAAUGAAUGAACACAUCUUGCAAGAAAAAAUGAACAACGCAGCAUCCUGCCUGUGUAACAAUGGAGGGAUUGUAGAGCCCUAGAAGAACAGAUGAGGGUGACUAUUCGUGUUGUGACUGGAAGGGACUGAGCAAUAUGAUAAAAGUAGACAGGAAAUGAAAUCUCGCUGGCAUCAUUUGCAAGCUUCAAAACUUCUUAUAGCUCAGCUGAGAAAUGCAUAAAUCAAGAGGAAUCUGACAGUAAAAAAGGUCUUUUGGAGGUUUUAAAAGCAUCAAAAGAACAUUUGGAUUCCAACAAUGCAGAUAUCAAUGUAAAAAAUAUAGAGAUUGGACCUAGUUGAUUAGAUGUUACCCUUUGUUUCAUGUCAUCACAAUGUGGGCUACAAUAAACAAAAUUAAUGAGAGAACCACUAUUCCAUUUGAAGUAUACGUUUAUUUGAAACAAAAGAAUAUGUCCUUCAUGACUGGCCUGUAUGCUUUUUUUUUUCUUUCUUUCUUAAAUUCAUUUGAGAUCAUUAUGGAAUAACCAAUGGAAUGGUGAAACAAACAUUGUCAUUGUUAACACAAUCAACGUACAGAAUUAGCUGUCACUGCCUAAAUGUUUUUCAUUCAAAAAAUUAACAAUCUGCCACAGUGUCUGUACGUAUAUAUAACCAUGGAGUAUUUUUAUCACAAAGAUAUUCUGAUUUUUUAAUUAUUAUUCCUUUUUGUGCUUGUUUUGUUCUGUUCAUUGCUAUUUGCAUAUGCAAGUGUUUAUACACUAAACAUGUCUAAUUUAAACUGUUUCCUUUCUUUUUUCAAACAAGUUGAAAGAUAUAAUCUGUUUCCACUGUACACAAAACACCCCUUAAAUCCCCCUGCUUUAUGAGAUCUUGCCAUACAUCUGUGAAUGUCCACUGGUUUGUCUUUUAAUGUGUAUUUAACUACACAAUGUGUAUGAGGGCUUUUCUUCUGUCCAUGCAGUUUAUGCAAUGGUGUACCUGGAAUUAAUAAAAAAUACUUCACUGGCUAA